AAAAAGAGAGAUUUUUCGCAUUGGCAAAAAAUAUUUUUCCUUAAAAAAAAAAAAAAAAACUCUACCAAUUCUUACGCGUGAGUUAUGAAUCUUAUGAUUGUACGACAUUCUUGAAGAUCAUAAAUAAUCCAAAUCCAAAGAAGCUGCUGAGAAGCUGCUCCUCUUUCUCUACAAGGUACUUGCAGAACUCCGAUGGAUAAUAUUUUUCUUGAUUGAAUUUGGCUUUAUAUGAUCAAAACCUCGUGAACCCUUUUGUGUGUCGGUUGUCGUUUUUCAAAUAUUGCUUUGAGCAAUAGGAAUUAAAGCCUCCGUUUUGUUCUCCUAGUUCUCCAUUAAUUAGGGUUUCAAUCUCAGAAUUUGAAACCCUCGAUUACUUUGAUUGAAUUGUAAUGGCGAUUUCCGGUGCGAGAAACCUCCGAUUUCGUGGGGCUUUCAAUGGAAUUUGUGCUCUGGCGUUGUUUUUCUUGUUCUAUAAUCAAGAUAGUUUCAAGAUGAAUCGCUUUGUGAUGAAUUCGAGUUCGGCAUUUCCUUUUCAAUUGAGCUACAGACGAUCGGGUUUACGCGAUCAUGGUGGUCGGAUUGAGGGUAUUCGCCGAAGAAUUGCCGAAACUGUUUCGAAUAGUGCAUCAAAUACCAGUGAUUUAGCCCUAGAUGAUCCCAAAUCGUGUGCUGGCUUGUACAAACAUGAGGGUUAUAACAGCCACUGUGAGUAUUUGAAGGCUCAUCCCGAGUGUAGUUCAGGUGGUUUCUUCAAUUACAUUCCUUUCUUUUACUGUGAUUGCAAAAAAGUUAGCCUUUUGGGAUAUGUAGUGUUAGUAAUUUGGAUGGCUGCACUGUUCUAUCUGUUGGGCAAUACUGCGGCGGACUACUUUUGUUGUUCCUUGGAGAAGCUCUCGACUCUGCUCAAGUUGCCGGCGACAGUGGCCGGAGUUUCUCUGCUUCCACUAGGGAAUGGAGCUCCCGAUGUGUUUGCAAGUAUUGCAGCUUUUGUUGGAAAGGAUGCCGGCGAGGUGGGUCUUAAUAGUGUCUUGGGUGGAGCUGUUUUUGUUACUUGUAUUGUUGUGGGUACUAUAUCUCUGUGUGUGGCAGAUAAGGGUUUUCAAAUUGAUAAGAGAUGCUUCAUUAGAGACAUUUGUUUCUUUUUUUGUACAAUUGUGUCGCUUGCGAUUAUCUUGAUGGUUGGUGAAGUUUCUGUUGGGGGCGCGAUAACAUUUGCUUCCAUUUAUGUGGUUUAUGCAUUUGCUGUUGCUGCUAAUGAGCUUUUGAGGAAACACGCCAGGAAAUUGAGGUUGGAUGCUGUAACGCCGUUGCUUCCUGUUAGAGGAAGUAUAUUUUCUGAGGGAAGUGAGGAGGAUGAUUCUGUGUAUGCUUCGCUACUUGAAACUGAGGAUGAAACCGAUGUACCACGUCUUCCAAAUAAGUUACCCCAGUGGAUGUGGGCUUCAAAUGUCGCAAUUUAUUCAAACCAGUCUAUGAGGGUUAAUCCAGAUAGGAAUUUGUGGGGUUGGAAUGAUGAGGAAGAAACUGUAAAUCGGAACUCCUUUUCUUGUUCAAAAUUAUUGUUGUUGCUGGAGAUGCCAUUGACGAUCCCCAGACGACUAACUAUUCCUAUUGUUGAGGAGGAGCGGUGGUCAAAACCAUAUGCGGUUGCUAGUGCUUCAUUAGCACCCAUCCUUCUGGCUUUCUUAUGGAACACCCAAGAAAACAUUGGAAAUCUGAGUGCAGAAAUUGCAUAUUUCAUUGGCAUUGUUUUGGGUGGCGUAUUCGGCGUGCUUGCGUAUCUAUACACUAGAGCUGGUCAGCCACCACGCAAGUUUUUACUUCCAUGGGUUUUUGGUGGAUUCUUUAUGAGUAUUGUCUGGUUCUACAUCGUUGCUAAUGAGCUUGUCGCUUUGCUGGUGGCUUUAGGUGAAAUUUUCGGGAUUAACCCUUCAAUCCUUGGAUUGACUGUGUUGGCAUGGGGAAACUCGAUGGGUGAUUUAUUGUCGAAUACGGCACUUGCAAUAAAUGGAGGAGACGGUGUGCAGAUAGCAAUGUCAGGUUGCUAUGCUGGUCCUAUGUUCAACACUCUAGUUGGUCUAGGGAUCUCAAUGCUGCUUGGGGCCUGGACAAAGAGACCGGAAUCAUACAUAGUUCCUAGAGAUGGUAGCUUGUUUUAUACAAUGGGAUUUCUCAUGUUGGGGCUCAUUUGGGCACUCGUUGUGCUACCGAAGAAUGAUAUGCGACCCAACAAGAUGUUAGGAGUUGGUCUCAUAAUCAUCUAUGUAAUAUUCCUCUCCUUCAGGGUAAGCACAUCAAUGGGCGCUGUUUCACUCGGGUCACUAGCGAAGUGACUAUUGAUGAUUUCUCACCGUAUUGUAUAGAUGGUUUCAGAGAGGCUAUAAGAGGAAAUUGCUCCUUUGUUGUGAAGUAUUGACUUGAAACUGAUUAUGGACACUGUACAUUGUCUUGCGGCUCUAUUUUUUCAUAGAAAAAAAAAUGUUUUUGCUCGA